AUGUGUGCUUUUGGAGGGCUAUUGCCACAGUCGCCCUAUAUUAUUUUUUUUUGUUGUUGUUCUACCAUAACCAAUCCCUUGGGUUUUAUUUGCGUCCACAAAUGCGUGCAUGCAUCUCCUUGUAAUUCUGCCCCUCUGAUAAACGCUUUUUAUUUGCUGUUACUUUUUUUUUUCUUUUUUGUUUGCUGCAGGGCGUUUGGAAUGGGGCCGAAAAAAGGGUUGAAAAAGACGGAGGAGAAGGCACUCGCCGUGGAGGAUCCUCUUGUCGUGGGGUGCACCAGGAGUCUGGCCAAGUGGACGGAACGGGUGACCGCAACCGGCCGGAAGAUUCAACAGGUGCAGUGUGUUCUGUCUGUGCUUUCGUCGCAGAUGGAGGCGUGCAACAAGGAGCUCGCUGACGUAUACGAUUGUGCGAAUCUCCUCACGGCCCUCCGCAUCGUAGAGUACCGUCAAAAGUUGAACCCGGUGCCUCCGGCACAGCCAGCAAAAAAACAGCGUGGGAAGCGGGAUGGCUCAGGGAGAUUGGCCUUCAAGCUUUUGCCGGACGAGAACAGCACAGAGGCUCUCGUGGCCGCCAUGGACGAGAAGAAGCGCCAGAGGGUCCGCAGCAUUCUUGUAAGCCUCUUCAGGCGCAACAACAUCGACAGCCCUGUGCCGAACACCCCAACGAAUACCGUGGCUUCACUGGGAGCUGGCGCUCCCACCGCCUCUGCGGAGGCCGCCGUCCGCCAGGAGGUAAACACGUCCAUAUGCUUGCCAGCAGACGCGGUUAGUAUUUCAACGACCGCAGAUCUACGCCGGCCGAAGGAUGUGCCGCCGGAGUUGUGGGAUGAGAUCUUGAAGCUUCGCGUUAAACGGGUUGAUUUGGAAGGGCGCAGCGCAAUGUUAAUGAGUGGCAUCGACAAACAGCUUGCGAGAUUCGACUUGCUUGUGCAGAAUCACGGGAUUGCCACAUAUGCGGCUGAGGACUUGGAGCGAAGAAUUCAGGAAUUGCGAGUAGGAAAAAGUGCUGCCCGAGCGCUUUGA